UGUAGGUCACUGUUCCCAGCCACAACAGAGUUGAGCGUGUCACAGAUCGAGAACGUCGGAGAACAAGCCUGUCAUCGGAGUGUACUAGUGUUUGUGAUUUUAUUCAGUUUCGGAUUACCGCCCAAAGGAUCACCCCAGGAUCACCCCCGUCAUGUCAGCCCCCUUCCCGGAGCCCGAGGAGGGUCGGGUGUUGGUGCACGAGUCGGAGGACGAGAAUAAGACAUAUAAGUACUCCUUUACUUACGAGAAAGCUACACUGUAUGAAUUCAAGUACGAACGGGCGGCAGAGCCGGAUCCCGUCGACCCCUGUUUUCGGUGUAACAAGCAGGUGUUUCCAGAGGAUCAGCUGGAUGUGGGAGUUUUAUUCCACAAGCAGUGUUUCCGGUGUCGGAUCUGUGGGGUGCCGCUCACCAAACAGACCUUCUACCGGAACAACAAGAAUGGCAGCAAAGACAAGGAGUGUUUCUGUAAGACGCACGUGGGGAAGAGCAUCAGUGAGUUGAAGAAGGGGGCCAUGAUGAACCUCGAUGCCCUGAAUAAUCCCAACAAGAAGUAUCAGAUACAGGUCGAUGGCGCUACACGGCCGGGUCUGACUUCCGGUCGCUCCAGUCCCCGCCCAUCACCACGCACAUCACCACGCCCAUCACCACGCCACUCCCCCAACACCUCCAUCAACCACGGCCACAGCCCGGGGUCCAGCAUGACCAGCGUCACUCCGCGAAGCAUGCACGAUCAGUCCAGUAUGGCGAGCCCCUGGACAACGUACAAUCCGCACAGCGCAGACCACAGCUUAGGAACCUCGUAUGAUAUGAGGAGUUUCUCACACCCAAAACCAGUGCUGCAAAGCUAUGAGGACUUUGAGAACAGCAACGUGUUCGAAGCCCAGUCAUUCCUGGAGGCUCGCCACAAGGAGGAGGAAGAGCGUCUUCAGCGGUUCCUCCUGGAGGAGAGAGAGAAAGAGAUGAAACGGCUUGACGACAGCAUUGGCGUGGAGAAGGAACGAGCUGCUGAGGAGCUUCUAGCCAACAUUGACCAGGUGCGUGCUCACGGCAGCACGCGCAGUCUGUUGGGGGAGCGGGACAGAAUAGAGGAUCACUUCAAGACCGUCAGGGACGACCGCUUCAAGCAGAUGCAGGACAAGAUGGGGACGGAGGAAAAGACCCGCACCACCAAGAUGUUGGAGAGACACUGCCAUGAAAUGAUGACGCUGAUUGGUGAAAAGGACCGAGAGGCAGACCGGAGUGUGCUGUACGACCAUUCCAUGAGACCCCCGCUGGAGCCCCCGGAGACCAAGAAAGCCCACCUGUACAAGACACCUGCCCGGUUUGAACAGCUGGACAGGAAGGCUGUGCAGCUUGUAAGCAGAGAGUAUUCGACUUACACAGAUCUCGUGAGAGAUCUUACACGAGACUGCAAGUCGGAGCUCGAGAAAGUCCGGGUUUUGUUCCGCUGGGUGAUCGCCAAGGAUCUGAACAAGAACACCGUCAAUGACAUAAUCCGCCCCUCGGCCUCCGCCAUCACGCUACUCAAGGGAGUUAAGUCAGGCAAGGAGACCUACCAUCAGCUCUUUAAGCGGCUCUGCACAUACGCCGGUCUCCAUUGCGAAAUUAUUCUUGGAUACUCAAAAGGAGCUGGUUACAAACCGGGCAUGCGCAUUGAGGGCACAACCUUCCGGAACUCGUGGACAGCUGUGUGCAUUGACGGGAGCUGGCGAUUCGUCAACUGCACGUGGGCGGCACGUCACGUGUCAGGUCACAUGGACGACCUCCCUCAGCUGUUCCACAAAUACGACGAGUUCUACUUCCUGACAGACCCGGAAGACUACAUCUACCAACAUUACCCAGACGACCCCGCAUGGCAACUUCUAGAAAUCCCACUUCCGUUUUCCGAAUUCAUCAACCUUCCAGUGGUGAAAUCACCUUUUUUCAACUAUGGACUGAAGUUUUAUUCCAAUUAUGGUGCCACCCUGUCGACAGAGACGGGAAUGAUCGAAGUAAGACUAGUGAUGCCAAAGAUUCUUGGAUUUGGUUCCAUGUUGGAGCCUGUGAACAAAUCGUCAGGGGACUCCCGGAGUCUGGACGGAAGGACGUUGCUGCGCUUCGUCAAAAACGAAGCCAUAUUUACAGUUGCCCUCCCGCGACCGGGGUUAUAUUAUUUCUCCAUCUUUACUGGAGAUUUCUGGCAUUCGGAAUGUCUCGAAAGUGCUUGUUCCUUCCUCAUCAGCUGUUCGGAGAUGUCCGGACCGCCCUCUCCUCCAUAUCCCCCUGUGCCGUUUUUCGGGGCCACGCCCAUCAUGGAGAAACUGGGAAUGAGCACGGAGAACGUCGAUCCACUGAUAGUGUGUAAUAGUGACUACUUAGAAAUCAACUUCAAAAUGGAGAAUGACACGAAAGUGACUCAUACAUUUCAAUAUUUCGACGUCGCUGACGAAUCCGUGCAGGACAUUGACAGACAUGUAUUCCUCCGCUCGCGGAACGACACAGGGGCGACCUACUUAGUGAGGUGUCCGAAAGAAGGAUUCUACAUCUUCUCACUCUUUUGCGCAGAUCCAACAGGAGACAAAACCAGUCUUGACUGCGCAUAUCGCUAUCUCGUCAUCUGCCAGGAACCCAGUCCAUCUGGGAACGCCUUCCCGAAGACGUUUCCAAAAUGGCAGCGCUGUACCUUGUAUGAGCCUGUGGGAGGGGAUCUAAUGACGGACAAGCGAUACACCUUCCGACUCGAUGUCCCCCAGGCCGUGGAGGUGUUCCUCGUGAUAGGGGACAUCUGGCAUCAUAUGAAGCGGAAGUUAGGAUUCACCUGGGAGACCAACGUCAAUACCGGAAACAGUACCGGAAGUGCUAAAAUAUAUGCGCGUUUCCAAGCCGGAAGGGACCAGAGCCUGUUUUCUCAGUUAUUGGAGUAUGAGCUUGUAGAUGAGAUUGAGACUGAGAUUUGAAGAGUUGAGUGCCCGCGCAGAGCAGAGUCAUGACAACGGAUGUCCAGACAUCUAAUAUCACUUAGGAUGGGAAUGGGAAGGUUUGGCUGGGGGUGGGGAACGUUUGGCUGGGGGUGGGGCUCGUGGAGCGGGCCCUUGAACAGUGAGUGAUACCUAUCACGCCCACACCUUAAACACUUAUAGAUAAUGUCAUUCCUUUAACCAGCAAUACACAUUUCAAGAGUGGCGAUGGAAAUUCAUUGUUCUGAACACUUCAUAUUGAUGCAAGCAAAAACAGGUUUCUUUUGGCACAUCUGCGUUGAAAAAUAGUGUUUUGGAUUAUUUUUAUUUUUAGGGGUGAUUUUUACGAAAGAAUGUUUACAUUCCAAACAUAUUUAAAUAUACAUCGGCAGAAAUUCAGCAUUAUAAAUCUGCUAUGUUUCAUGCUGUAGUGAAAGUGCUAAUGACAGCAGUAUGAAGAAGAUAUUUUCCUAUUUUAAUCAAAGGGCCAACGUAGAUAAUAUAACAUGACUUGAUGUAAAAUGGAGAUCAUCAAGUUGCACAUCAACAUAAUAAGUGCUGCAAUAACACUGUGCUAUUUGAUUACUCGAUAUAUGAAUUGUAUAUACAUGUAUUUUCUUUAAGAAUUUUAGAUAUAUAGAGGACGUGUUUUCUCGUCUGUUUAAUUAUUUAAAACCAGAAUUACAGUGAUUUCAAAUAACCAUCCUCUUCACAGAAGGUGUUAACUAUGACACUGUUUUUGAUCAAUGUGAUAAACGUUUUGAUCAAUGUGAUAAACGUUUUGAUCAAUGUGAUAAACGUUUUGAUCAAUGUGAUAAACGUUUUAAUACUGUUCAAUAUUUAAUUUUGGUAUAUUGUGAUGCUUAUUUCACCGUGUGCUGUAUCAUCUGAGGAGUUGAUUGUGCAAUAAACUACUGAAAUGUACGCAUGCGCAGCCUUGUCAUCACCAUAGCCAACUCAUUGGUCGUCAUAACGUAUGAUAUAUAAAAUCAUUCAUCCAUUUCAAUACAUUAUUACAUUUUUCAAAUUCUUGAUUUUGUGUGCUACCCGAAGCAGGUUAUGUUGUUAUUUAUUUCCGCUUGUUAGUGCGCUGUGACCCAGUUAUUCUAUAUCCAAUAUAGGUGCUUGUCAAACGCGUCUGUCUGUGUCAUACGACACUAUUCGUCUCAUGUUUCAUGCAUAUAUGGCUUGCCAAACUGUGUCAGCAGUCGGAAUCACGACGCUGAGUGUAAUAUAUCUCGUGAAUAGUACCAUGUAAUCCAUUCGGUGAAGUCCGGGAGGAACGUGUACGGAAAGACACGAGCUUUACUUCCUCAUUCUGGAAUGUUUCUGAAUAAAUACCGCUUUUGAACA